AUCUCCCAUCUGUAGCAUCUAUAGCAAAAGGCGAUAACGAUCAGUUUGCACCAACGACUAACAUACCGGUUUGCAUGCAUUCCAAGAAUUUUAUAUUGGGAAAGUUUUAUUUAAUUCUUCAAUUUAUGAAAAAGAGGCUUGAAUGAUAGCCUCGAAACGGAACGAAAGGAUCUAUUUUUUAAACAAUUCUCUUCACACAAAGAACGAAAUUGAUAGCUCUUUGUUAGUUGCAGCAAUCACCUGUUUUGUAGGGUUGAUUGAUAAAUUGAAGCGAGUUGCAGUAUCGAUACUUUUUUAACAGCUAAUAUUGCGGUUCCCUUCCACGCCGUACAUGUUUUAUGUCGUGUAGGCCUAAUCGUAAUUAUUUUUGUGGUCGUGUUUAAAACUUAACAAAGGUGUGAAAUGGAGGAAUCGCUGUCCUAUAUGGACCAAUGUACCGUAAUAUGCUUGGGAUACAUCUCGUGUUUCGGAAACCUGGAAAUACAAUCAGGAGAAGCCGAUGACCCAGAAAAUCUCGAGUCUUUGUGCACAAUUGCUGAUCAAGAAUUAAUUGAGUUUGGCGAGAAAGAAGAACUGCAAAUUUUCUUGAACACAUCUGCAUGCUUGGCAGAAAAAUUCAAGAAUUCUGAUAAUGAUGAAGAAGCGAUUUUAGAAUGUUUGACUAUUUUGCAAAGCUCUUUAGACCAAGAAAAUUUUAAUGAAUGUGCAGACUCUAUUAUUACUCAUCCUAUUGAAUCUUGGGACAAGGUGUCACAAAUACUGCAUUUAGUUUAUAGAGCAUGCGAACAAUUAGGAAGUGCAAAGGUUGGAACUGUGAUUGACGUUGGUGUAAGGUACAUGAGAAAAAACUUCACAGAUUUUGUAACGUCACAAGGUGGUUGGCGAAGCCUUGGUUUUGAGAAAAGUCAAGAAACGGAACAAUUAGUGAAAGAAGAAGACCCGAUAUCUAGCAGCAUUGUUCUUGUUUCAGAUGAAGGAUUAGAUCAGGGAUUGCCACCAAAAUUUGAGACAGCUGUUGGAGCUGGAGAUGCAUCUGCAGCAGGUAUAUUUACUAAUAAAGCGUCGCCUCAAAACGAAGAAGAAUCAUUUAAUUUGCAAGACUCCUCUGUCUUGGCUUCUCCAAAGAAUAGAACCCCUGUGCCUCUUUCUCCACUUAGCACUCCUCCAUUUUCUAUACCAUCAUCAACCAAUACAGAUGAUGACAGAGACAGUCUUGCAACUCCACCUGAGAUGGUAGAAAAGCCAUUAAUGACCGAAUCAUUUAUUCGAGCAAUGGGAGGUGAAGAUAUUAGAAGGGAGUCUAGUGGAAAUGGCAAUGAUUUUGAAAUAAUUGGAUCUGAAAAUGGAGCAUCUAUGACAGACUCACAGAAUGUGAUGCAGAGUAUUGAAGAGUCUCAGGUUUCUGAGCUAGUGGUAGAAAAAGAAGAAAUUUCUUCAGUGCAGAGUUCCAACGCACAAAGUGCUGAUCUAGUGGUAGUAAAUGAAGAAAUUUCUUCCGAGCAGAGUUCCACAGCACAAAGUGAAUUGGAUCAUAAAGUUUCAACGCAGACAGCGUCCAUUGUAGAGACUGAAACCACUAGUGAAGAGGAGCCAAUAUUGGGUGGCUAUCUGCCACAUAUAUCACUUGGAGUGGCUGCUGCAGCUGCCGUUGCAGGUUUUUUUGUCUUGAAGAAAAACAUGUAACCUUAUUGGUUUCUGUUAUAAUUUAUUCAUAAAUUGACUUCUGGGACAAGUUGUAAUGUAAGAGUAAUGGAGCAAUGCCACUUCCAAUUAUGCAAGAUUUGGUCACUGGCGAUGCUGUACAAAUGGUGGCGCUUUAUGCAGUGUUUAACAAUUGCCAAUAGUGAGUCCCUUCCCCACUGUGAAUUCGAUGUUACACAUCAAUGAUAGCAACGUACAGCCCACUAGAGAAUCAUAAGCUAGGAAAUGUAUGUCUUUGUCGCCAUAUUAAAAUUUAUAAUUUUGUUUCGUAAUUUUUGCUUCAAAUAAAGUUUGCUCAGUUCCAUG